AAGAUGGUGCAGAAGAAAUCAGAGAUCCCGGGAUUCCACCGCUCCUUCAAGGGGCAAAACCCUUUCGACCUGGAGUUCGACCAGUCCAACCACCUGGAGCCCGUCUUCAACUUCGAGUGCCCGCCCCGUCCCGACAUGCCUUCAAGUCAACCCAUCGACAUCCCUGACGCCAAGAAAAGAAACAAGAAGAAGAAGCGCUGCAGAGCCACCGACAGCUUCUCUGGCAGGUUCGAAGAUGUUUACCAGCUGCAGGAGGAGGUGCUGGGAGAAGGGGCCCAUGCCAGAGUCCAGUCCUGCGUGAACCUCAUCACCAACAAGGAGUACGCAGUGAAGGUAAAGCUGUGUGGGGGGACCCCAGGAGGUGUUUUUGGGGGGAUGCUGGGCUGAUGCCAUGGUCCCUGCAGAAAUGUCCUGGAGCUGAUUGAGUUCUUCGAGGAGGAGGAGAGGUUUUACCUGGUGUUUGAGAAGAUGAGGGGAGGCUCCAUCCUGACCCACAUCCACCGGAGACGCCACUUCAAUGAGCUGGAGGCCAGCGUGGUGGUGAAGGAUAUCGCCAGCGCCCUGCACUUUCUGCACAACAAAGGGAUUGCACACAGGGAUCUGAAACCAGAAAAUAUCCUGUGUGAGAGCCCGGACCAGGUCUCCCCAGUGAAGAUCUGUGACUUUGACCUGGGAAGUGGCAUCAAACUGAACGGCGAUUGCUCCCCCAUCUCCACUCCAGAGCUGCUCACCCCGUGUGGCUCAGCUGAGUACAUGGCCCCGGAGGUGGUGGAAGCCUUCAACGAGGAGGCCUCCAUCUACGACAAGCGCUGUGACCUGUGGAGCCUGGGUGUCAUCCUGUACAUCAUGCUGAGCGGGUACCCCCCCUUCGUGGGCCACUGCGGCUCCGACUGUGGCUGGGACCGGGGCGAGGCGUGCCACACCUGCCAGAACAUGCUCUUUGAGAGUAUUCAGGAGGGGAAGUAUGAGUUUCCUGACAAGGACUGGGCACACAUCUCCUUUGGAGCCAAAGACCUCAUUUCCAAGCUGCUGGUGAGAGAUGCCAAGAAGCGGCUCAGCGCAGCCCAGGUCCUGGAGCACCCCUGGGUGCAGGGGUGUGCCCCGGAUAACACCCUGCCAACCCCCAUCAUCCUGCAGAGGAACAGCAGUGCCAAAGAGCUCACCUCCUUUGCUGCUGAGGCCAUCGCUGUCAACCGCCAGCUGACACGGCACGACGAGGACGAGGAGGAAGAGGCGGAGGAGGAAGCACGACCCAUCAUCAUCAAAGCUACCUCACGGGCCAUGCAGCUCUCCCCCCCCUCUGAGUCCAAGCUGGCCAAGCGGCGGCAGAAGAGCAGCCUGGCCAAGGCAGUGGCCUCUGGGCAGCACCUGGUGGCCCCGCUGGUCCUGGUGGCCGACCAAGCCUGAGCGGUGCCCCUCGCACCUGCUGUACCCCCUGUCCCCCCUUCUCCUCCUUUCUUUCUUCUCCUUUCCCCCCGACCCCACCGUUUCUGGCUAGUGACAAGAUCAGGACUCGUCCCUGUGGCUGGUUUCCAAGGUUUUGCUGAUCUUGUAGGUCUGCGGGUGGGAGGGUUUGUUUAAGAUCUUUUUUUUUUUUUUAAAGGUAUUAAAUCAAGUGUGAGGUUGCUUCACCCAGGGCACACUCAAGGACAUCCGACAGACACACGGACUUUUGUUUCCUGGCUUUUGGUUUCUCCUCUGACAUUUUCCCCCCUCCCCGACACCAAAGGACUCCUUAUAUCUGCGGCUGCUUUGACGAUUUCAGCUCAUUUCAUACUGUGAACAAAAGACCCUCGGCCGUGUUUUCAACAA